UACACGUAAAUGAUGCAUACAGUAUAAGUAUGUAUUCAGCAUUUCCAUGGAACUGUCUCUCAUUUCACCUUUGCUGACCUAAUGAGCAGAGCGCUGAUAUGGGCACUUUAGGCUUUGCCCCAUGCCUUUUGGACACCUCAUUGCACCUAAAAGUCAGCCCAUGAGUGUAGCCGAUGGAGAUCCAGAUGCCAGCUAAUUGCAGGUGCCCAUUAUUCUAACCCAUUUGCUAAAUUGUGGAGCCUGGCUCUGUGUUUUCAGAGGUUUUUGCGUUACUUGGAAGGUACUAUGAAUAUGUUCUGCCCCUAAAGCUGAACGAAUGUGCUGUAUUCGCAACUGACUCCCACCGAAACUGCAUAAACACACCGUUUCAACCAAUGUCUUCUGUAAUGUGCUAAGCAGUAUCGUUGCUUAGUGUUUAGAUUGCAUAUCUUCCGAGACUUUAAGUAAAGGUGUCAAAAUAAAUGGCAUUGCUUAAUCUUAAUCUGGUCAUAAUAAUUUGCCAAGGUGUGUUUUAAAUAAGACAAGGGACAUUAACCAUGGUUUAACUAUUAACAAAUUAAACUGUGACUGUUUCACUCUUGAUAAAGUUCUAUUUUCAUACAUUGACAUGUUUAUUUCUAUAGUUAAUAUAUAUUUCUAUUAGUUGUCUGAGACACCCAUAAGGACGUUACAUGAUACAAGUGAGAAAAUCACUUUAAUUCCUUCCUUGUAGAUGACCUGUGACCAGCUCAGUGGGGGGUGCCUGGAAAACCAGGAGUUUAACACAAAGACCCGAUGACUGUGUGUGAAAUGCCUCAUGGACUUGGUUUAGCCCUUUAAGAAAUACUUUUGGUGUGGUGUGAGUUAUGAAGCGCGUGGGCCGGGCUGGAUGGGAAGGGGCAAAUGCUUUUGACAGGAGGGUCUGGGGCUGUUGGCAGGAGCAGCUGUUCCUAUAGUGUAUUGCAGUGUGACAUCACUCAGAGAAGAGGAUCCGCCAUCCCCGGGCUGCCGACCACCGUCCUGCUGUCCGCAGUUGGCCUUCCCCAUCGCACCUUGUACCCGUGACCCCCGAAACUGCGGCUUCGCCAUGGCGGAUCAGUACCACACCAACGAAGAGAAGAUCCUGCGGGACAGCCACACCAAAGAGAUUGACCUGAUCAACCGGGACCCCAAGCUGAUCAACGAGGAUGUGGUGAAGGUGGAUUUUGAGGAUGUGAUCGCAGAGCCAGAUGGGACCCACAGCCUGGACGGCGUUUGGAAGGCCAGCUACACGACCUUCACCGUCUCCAAGUACUGGUGCUACCGCCUGCUCACGGCCAUCUUCGGCAUCCCCGUCUCGCUGCUGUGGGGCUUCCUGUUCGCCUGCAUCUCUUUCUGCCACAUCUGGGCCGUGAUGCCCUGCAUCAAGAGCUACCUUAUUGAGAUCCAGUGCCUCAGUCGCGUCUACUCGCUGUGCAUCCACACCUUCUGCGACCCACUCUUCGAGGCACUUGGCAAAGUCUUCAGCGGCAUCAAGGUGGUCCUGAGGAAGGAGGUGUAGAGCACGUCUGGAGCAGUCUGGCCCGCCUCGGCCGCGUCCCUUGUCCGAGCAGCACGGUCGCCCUGCCCCCACUUCCCACCGCUGUUCACUUGACAAACAAACCCUUUUCUGCGCUCUUGCAGGGCACACUCCGUCACCGCAGGUCUCGCUCCGCCUCCACGUUCAAUGCUUCAGAGUCACGGUGUUGCCCAAAGCACCUGGCUUGGAACUCACUUCCCAGUAUCCUUCAUGCACUUCUUCAGCGUGUUAAACACACAGGUUUGGUGUGUUCUUUUAAAUGUGUCGAGUAUCCCCACUCUUUCCCCCAAACGCUUUUUAACUGUCAUGUCACACUGUGUGAAGUAUUACUUUGGAAGCAUGGGUGUUUUGCUCUUUUGUAUUCAUUGCCGCAAAGGAAAUUCAUGUGUGUAAACAAUUGUUGCUGUUUACAUUCAGUCACUCACCCAGUUUAUUUGCUGGUAUAUGUAUGUGUUGCAAGUCUGCAUAGUUGCUAGGAAUCACUGGAAAUAUGCUCAUUAUUGAGAGAGUAAACAUGGUGCAAAGCACUUUUAGUUUCUGUGACAACUAAAGUGACUGUUGGGAUACUCCAUUAAACACUAUUGGGUAUAUAUCCUAAAUUAUUUAAAUGGACAUGUCUGAUUUAAUAAACUAGAUGCAUAUGUUUCUGGAAAGUACAACACACACACAUUGUCUGAAACCCCUUGUCCCAAGCGGGGGUCGC